GAAAUCCCAGAUGUUUACAUCGUGGAACGUCUGUUCUCCAGCAGCCUUGUGGUUGUGGUCAGUCAUACCAAGCCACAGCAAAUGAAUGUCUACCACUUCAAGAAAGGGACUGAGAUCUGCAACUAUAGCUAUUCCAGUAACAUACUGUCCAUCCGGCUGAAUCGUCAGAGGCUGGUUGUUUGCCUGGAGGAGUCGAUUUACAUCCAUAACAUUAAGGACAUGAAGCUUUUGAAGACUAUUCUGGACACGCCUCCAAAUACAACAGGUCUGUGUGCUCUCUCGAUCAACCACGCCAACUCCUACUUGGCUUAUCCCGGCAGCGCAACCAGCGGAGAGAUCGCGCUUUACGACGGAAAUACUUUGAAAACAGCCUGCACGAUUCCUGCCCAUGACGGGCCUCUGGCUGCGCUCGCCUUCAACUCCACCGGCUCGAAGCUGGCAAGUGCUUCCGAAAAAGGCACAGUCAUUCGUGUAUUUUCCAUUCCUGGUGGGCAAAAGCUCUAUGAAUUCCGGCGAGGGAUGAAAAGGUAUGUGAACAUCAGCUCUCUGGUGUUCAGCAUGGAUUCCCAGUUCCUCUGCGCAUCCAGCAACACAGAGACGGUGCACAUCUUUAAACUGGAGCAUCUCACUGACAGCCGUCCAGAAGAGCCUCCAACCUGGAGCGGUUACAUGGGAAAGAUGUUCCAGGCUGCUACCAACUACCUCCCUGCUCAGGUAUCGGGCAUGAUGAACCAGGAUCGAGCCUUUGCCACCGUCCGCCUGAACAUCUCCGGACAAAGGAACAUCUGCGCCCUCUCCACGAUUCAGAAGCUGCCUCGACUGUUGGUGACUACGUCAGAUGGACAUCUCUAUAUCUAUAACCUGGACCCGCAAGAUGGAGGGGAGUGUGUCUUAAUUAAGAAACACAGUCUGCUUGGCUCAGGAAAGAUGGAGGAGAACAAAGAAAACGACCUUCAGCCUCCGUUACCUCAAUCAUACGCAGCAACUGUAGCCAGACAAAGUACAGUGCCUUCAACUUCGACCAUGCCAGGUUAUUCGGAGGACGGUGGUGCCCUGCGAGGCGAGGUUAUCCCAGAGCAUGAGUUUGCAACUGGACCAGUGUGUCUUGAUGACGAGAAUGAGUUUCCUCCUCUGGCUGCAAGCAGAGGAAAGGCGAUAGAUUUUGCUGUAGAUCUCUCCUAAUAAUCAUCUUUCACAGGGGAUGAGCAAGUUUGGCAGAACCUGACUGGCCUCUUCUUCCUCACGGCAGCUCUUGCCCCGGUAGCUCAGACAGGCAUUUUGGGCAGCUGAAGCUUGCAGGAUUAAGCCCAGCUUAUCAGUACAUUAUCUGAGUUCCCUUGGGAAACACGCAAUCCAGUGCCAAUGCUCGUGCCUCACAACUGGGCAAGUGAUGGUCCCGAAGCCCAUGGAGAGACAGAUCCUGGGAGGAGGAGCUAGCACAGCCCCUCCUGCAGCUGGGGCUGCGGGGAUCGCAUCUGCACCGCUGGGUCAGGUCUGGCAAGGCUGGAGCAGGCAAAGGCAGCCCUGCACCUUGGCUCAUGGCUAGCAUCCACAGCUCAGCCCAAGCCUCACCCAGAUGUAGGUGCACAUCUUGCUCCAGGGGCUCCAGCCUCAUCCCGUGGCACGAGUAGCUGAUGGGAAGUGGUUCAGGAUCCUCACUGCCGCCUGUUCCGCCGCGCGCCUGCUCUACUCCUUCCCUCAAGGGUGUUGCUGAUGCUUAGGCUAGGCUUCCCCUCACCUAAUCCAGCCUAACAUGUAGGUGUUGAACUCUGGGCUGCGCCUGGAGACCCUGGAGAGACGCGGUGAUGCACGGCACGCGCCUUUCCCCUCUGGCCAUGCCGGGAGCUGGACUUUUUAGGAGGACUUAGCCAGGCAAACGGACCUCACGCCCAGUAGCCGAACUCCCGCUGGCGUGGCUGUGCUCAGCCCAAAGCCAGCUAGAGGCAAGACACCCUUAUCCCCCAGCCGGCCGGUUCCUGUUCCCAGGACUGGAAAUUUGGGGAGGGGGAGAAUAUAAAUAAAUAAACCGCUCACAGAUCUGCCUUUGAACGGAAAGUAAAACACUGCGGGACAUCCCUCCCCCUUCUCCUCCCAUGUGCGUAAAACCAACUUGAAACACACCCCGUUGCUGGGAAAAGUAAGGCCAUUCUGUUUUGAUUU